AUGUAAACGACGUCCAGACUGGCGGGCUGUUCAACGCUAAAGUUAACUGCUACCAAAGAAAAAGAAUCUUCUCCUUCUUCUCCUUCUUCUUCCUUCUUCAACGACUAAUCUCAUCUCCAAAUCAAUUCCACACCUUUUAAUGCUUUACGCGCUUAUUUUCCCUUCUUCAAACCUUCCUCUUUUGAAAUUUCAUCAUCUCAGUUUUUUCGGGUUUUCUGGGUAAUUGCAUCUGAUUCGAAUUUUUAAACCAUUUUAAAAAUCCAAUCCAACGAGUUUCCCAAUUUAGGGUUUCAUUCAACUCAAAGCUGAAGUCUUUGUUAGUUUGAGAGAUGCUUCCUCGACAAGUCGAAUCUUUUGAAUCACUUUAAAAUUAAAAAAAUCUCUCCUUUUCUAGGGUUUAUAUUCUUCCCCCAAACCAUGUUUAACCUUUGAGUUAAGCUUCCUUCCUCCUAACCCUAGAUUCAAGAUCCAAAAACAUGGGAUCCAAACCUGAGAUCAACGAACCCAACAACACCACUCUUAAAAAAAGCAACCUCCUUUGCCCUCUCGACGUUACAUCAUCAUCUCGUAGAACUCUAAUCUCAGAUGGCAAACCAAGAUCCUGGUCCAACACCGUCCUCCCUUCCCCCUCAGCCAAGUUCAAGAAACUAGCUAACCAAAGAGAAGAACUCUCCCGCUCAGUCAAAACCUCAAGCAUCCGGGAAAGAAUCAGCACCGUCCUCCACCGCAAAAUCGAAUGGACCUCAUUGAUCAAAAUGGGAAAAGAAUGGAUCAGAAACCCUAUCAACAUGGCUCUCUUCCUCUGGAUCCUCGUCGUCGCCGUCUCCGGAGCCAUUCUCUUCAUGGUCAUGACUGGGAUGUUGAACCAUGCUUUACCGAAAAAGUCAGACAGAGACGCUUGGUUUGAAGUUAACAAUCAGAUCCUCAACGGGUUGUUUACUUUGAUGUGUUUGUACCAGCAUCCGAAACGGUUUUACCACUUGGUGCUUCUCGUUAGGUGGGGGCGUGAGGAUGUUACUAAGCUUAGGAAAGUUUAUUGUAAGAAUGGGAGUUAUAAGCCUCAUGAGUGGAUGCAUAUGAUGGUUGUUGUGCUUUUGCUUCACUUGAAUUGUUUUGCUCAGUAUGCGCUUUGUGGGCUUAACGUUGGGUUUAGAAGGUCUGAGAGGCCGCCUAUUGGUGUUGCUGUUUGUAUCUCUGUUGCUAUUGGUGCUCCUGCUGCUGCAGGGUUGUAUACUAUGCUUAGUCCACUUGGGAAAGAUUAUGAUGAUGAUGGUGGGAGUGUGGAUGAGGAGAAUCAGCUCCAAGGGGGUGUGAAUCGGAGGGUUAGUUUGGAGAGGAGGUAUUCUUUUGCUUCUGGUUCUGGUUCUGUUGUUGAUGGGAAUAGGAUGGUUCCUGUGAGUGAUCCUCAGUGGAGUGGUGGAGUUUUGGAUAUUUGGGAUGAGAUUUCCUUGGCUUAUCUUUCUUUGUUUUGUACUUUCUGUGUGUUUGGAUGGAAUAUGGAGAGAGUUGGGUUUGGGAAUAUGUAUGUUCACAUAGCAACGUUUAUUCUGUUUUGUUUGGCUCCUUUCUUUAUAUUCAACUUAGCUGCUGUUAAUAUAGAUAACGAGACGGUUAGGGAGGCGCUUGGGGUAUCUGGAAUCUUACUUUGUGUGUUUGGUUUGCUCUACGGUGGAUUUUGGAGGAUCCAGAUGAGGAAGAGAUUUAAGUUGCCGAGUUAUAAGUUCUGCUUUGGAAACGCUGCGGUUGCUGAUUGUACGCUUUGGUUGUUCUGUUGCUGGUGCUCUUUGGCUCAGGAGGUUAGGACUGUAGACUCUUAUGAGAUAGUGGAAGAUAAGUUCUGUCAAAUAGCGCAGCAAGAGAAGAGUUUGGUGUCGCCUCUGCCUCGUGAGGACGGUGUGUUUGAUCCUAAGAUUGGUGUAGGGAGCUCACCGAGGGAGAUGAGUGGAGCUAACUCUCCUAAUCCGAGUAGGUUUUGGAAAGAGGUGCAUAGUCCGAGUGUACAGACGCCUAGAGAGAAUGAUGAAGUUAAAAACGAGGUUGUUCUGACUCCGCCUUCUCCUCUGUCUAUACACAGAGAAGCUUGAUUUGAAGAACCAUGGAGUCCUGAUUCCAGUGGUUGUUUUCCUUACUUACAAGUCUCUUUGAUUGUUUCUGUGUAACAACGUUUGAUGGAAACCGGUUUUGUCAUUUGAGUUGUGUAGUACCCAUAUCUGUUUCCGGUUUAUUACUUUCCUGGUUUCGUGUUCUUUGUAAUGUAAAUUCUUCAGCUACGGCCACGUUUCUAUAAACUGAG